AUGCAUGCGACCCUAUCCACCGUGCAUGUGAUCAUGGACUACUGGCGAGUCCAGCGACCUGCCAAAUCAUCUGCAAAACACCAAGAGUAUGCCGCAAUGGCGGACGUACUCGUUUUUCAAGUGAGCCCAAAUUCUGAACAAAGUCCGAAUAAGCGACCGGCCAGUCUUACAAAUUUGGGAAUAGGCAUGGGGGUAUUAGAACGGGGAUGGGUUGUUCAAGACCUUAUAAUAAAGGUCUUUUAUUUUUUCUUAACCUCAAAAAACUUGAACAACGUCGUUUGAAAUUAGAUUUAUACUUUGCGUAUUAACUCGACUGUCCUGAAGUUCUUACGUCGUUUAUAUCCAUCCAUAUACACCUACUCGUAACAAAUAGUCAACAAAUACAUUUUAUCGAAACACUGAAGUGACCAAAUAUGCUAGCAAUAUUUUUAUAUUUAUAUUUUUAAACGAACCGGUUAUUUUGUUAGCUUUAAAAUUUACGUGACUUGUGCUACUAUUGCUUUAACGUCCUCAUAUAUAUAUGUCUUAAACUUAGAAAAAAGUAUAUUUUUUUUACAAUUUUAUAAGGCAAAUUUUUAAUUUUAUUUCAAAGACAUAUCGUACGAUCUGAAAGUUUACGACGUGUGCGCAUUUGGCGUAGUGCAAUACGUGAUGCAGGCUAACACAAUUCCGUAUCAGUACUACAACUAACAGAGAUCGUAGCCAAUCAAGUGGCCAAUGAAUUGGCGAAACCCAAAAAAACCGGUGUCCCCAGAUACGCUGAGAUUAAUCUCGUAAUUAUUUUCUGGUACAAAGGCGUCUCUGUGGGGAGGGGGUGCUGGAGGCAAUAGGUAAUUUAAUGUAUAUCUGUAAGCAACGAUUAACCAUUGCUAACAAAAAAACGAUUCUGAACGGAAUUAGAUUGAUAGUGUUACUUUGUCAACAACAUAUAUAUCAUAUGUGGUAAAAUAUUUACUUAUGUAUUAUAUAGUUCCUUCAAUAUUAUUUGUUUAAUAUUGUACCUAUUUUCCUGUUUUUCCCAUUUAUUAGGAAAAUUCCUGGGAAAAUAAAAAAAUAACCUCCCUAAAUUACCUUCUUAGUCAUAUUUACUUUUAGAAAAAAUGCUGUCAUUCAAUCAUUAUAAAUCGGAGCAAAAUUGCUAAUAGAAAAAUUAUCCACAGAAAAAAAAUACCGUAAUAUUUUACUGAUAUAUUACUUCAAUUUUCCUGCUUUUUUCCCAUUUUUUUCCCACUUGAUAAAUACAUAAUAUUAUACAUCAUGCAUAAUAUAAUGUUUUCCAUGUAAUGUAUGUAUAACGUGUAUAAAAAAUAAUUAAACUUUUAUUAAUUUACCAAUUAUUUUCGUUUUUUUUUUUUUUAAUUUCAAUGAUAAACUAAUUUAAAGUAUGAACUCGGAGACUGGGGGGUCCAGACGACUCGGACCCCCCCCCCUCCCCGUAAAUCCGCUAUUGUGACAAUCAUUAAUAUAUACAGACGCUCCUGGCCUAGUAAUUUAUAUUCCCCUCAGAUAGUGUACACUGUACAUAAAUACUUCGGGAGGAAGAUAGUAAAUAAUCUGAGUCAGGGACGUAUAUUAUAGAAUAUUAUGAUGAUCAAAUAAUUCAACAAAUAACAGCCAUUUUAAAACCGUAAAAUUAUUAGGUAUUAACAGGAUUAAGUAAGAUACAAAAUACUUUCAGUUUAUUUAAUUUUCAUAAUUUGUUUGAUGAAUAUGUUUUUAUAAGACUUAUUAACAAAUAAUUUAUUUUAAUUCACAAUAAAUAAAACAGUUAUAAUUGUAGCAACCUAAGGUUUUUAAAAAUAAAAAUAAAAAUGCAUGUAAUAAUAAUUAAUAAUUAUAAUAAAUAAACGUAAAUGUUUUAAAUUAAACAUCAUUAAUAAAUAUAACUAAUAUCAGAUAUCUAUCCAGAAGUUUAAUAAAUGUUAUAAAUAAAAACAACUAACACAAACAACCUUUUUGGGUUUUUCAAUAUUUAAAUUAUUUACAUACUAAAUAAUGUCGUAAGUAUCUUGUAGGUGCCUAUAUAUUUCAACGAAAAAAAGAAUAAAGAUGGAACUUGAUAAGAGAUCUUUAAUACAUGUAUUAUAUUGCUAAACACUGAAUAUUGAUAUAUAUUCAUAGGCAACCGAAGAAAGGGAAGAAGACGCAUUUGCCCCUACAUAA